AUGAGAGUGGUGGCCAACUCGGCGCUCGGCUCCCAUUCGGUUUCGUUCACCGAAGCGUUCAUUUUGCGCCAACUCUGCGCAGACGCCGCAGCGAAGUGCCGCUCCGGUCACGUGACGACAACGCCCAAAAAUGGCGAAACAGUUGUCGACGACUUAAUCGCGACUCUGGGAUCCGCUUGUCACUAUGAGAGCCGCUCGCUACAGGUGCUUCUCGAGCGUCAGCCCAAGACCGCGAGUUACGCUUGUGUUGAGAGAGUAGUCUUCUGUCAAGAAGUUUUAUCUCUCAAACGUUUUGCUCACAUUCACUUGUCGUCUGUUGUCGUCGUCUGUCGUCUCAAUUGUUGUCGUUUAGUGUCGUUAUUAAGGCUCGAAAGGGACGCUCUGUUGGGAGAGAACGAGAGGUUGACCUUUCAGUUGCAGUGUUUGACUCACGCGGAGAUCGACCAGAGGGUUGACCAGAGAAACGGCGCGAAAGACGGACUUAAAUGCGAGGAAAAGAAUCUCAAAUGUUGUGUUGAGUGCGCAGACGCAGUGACACCACUUUCUAUUAGCAGUCAAUACGACUUCUCGCGACCGCCGGUGACGUCAUCGCAGACCACAUCCCAGGAGUGUUGUUACGAAUUGUCGCAACACUUGAUCGACCGCAGAGUCGACGCCUUGGAGCGCAAGUACGGCGGGAUCGGCGCGCGAGAGUCGGCCACAACAAUACAGCGCGCGUUCAGAGCGUAUCGGCUGCAGAAGCGCUUCCAAUCGAUCGCAAUCCAGGCGUUGCGCCAAUCGGAGGACACGACGACAGCGCGACGCCAGCUGUCGUCCGACACGACGUCCACGCGCUCUGACGACAGCUGUUCGGCGAACGCCUUCAUCCCGGAGUCGUUGCUGACGACGACGCCGACGACGCAAACCGUUUCGGAAUGUCAGCGAAAGCGCUCUUAUCGCGUGGGACUCAACCUCUUCAACAAGCAACCGUCGGAACGCGGCGUUCAGUUCCUGCUUUCUAACGGAUUCAUAGAAAGCGUGGCGAACGCUGAACAACAAUCGCUUCUCGUCGCGCGAUUCCUCUUAACGAGGAAAGGCGUCUCCAAGGCCAUGAUCGGGGAGUUCCUCUCCUGUGUCCCGAAUGCCGCCGUUUUGACCGCUUUCUCGCGCGAAAUCGAUUUGUCGGGCCUUUUGGUGGACGUCGCGCUCCGGAAGUACCAGACGUUCUUCAGAUUCCCCGGUAUUCCCGCUCACGGCUCUGAUUCGCCGAUUCUCACUCUCUCUCCUCCAAUCACAGGCGAGGCGCAGAAAAUCGAACGAAUGGUCGACUCUUUCGCCACGAGAUUCAAAGAAUGCAAUUCUCACGACUCGCUGUCACGUGACUUCAGUGAUACUCUCGGCGAGCGAUGUCCACGAAGAGCUCGCAGUCGGGUUCUGGCGCUCAAUGCGAACACAACUCUCUCAUCAGAAGACAUGUCGUUAUUAAGGCUCGAAAGGGACGCUCUGUUGGGAGAGAACGAGAGACUGACGUUUCAGUUGCAGUGUUUGACUCACGCGGAGAUCGACCAGAGAGUUGACCAGAGAAACGGCGCGAAAGACGGACUUAAAGGCGAAGAAAAGAAUCUCAACAGUCAAUACGACUUCUCGCGACCGCCGGUGACGUCAUCGCAGACCACAUCUCAAGAGUGUUGUUACGAAUUGUCGCAACACUUAAUCGACCGCAGAGUCGACGCCUUGGAGCGCAAGUACGGCGGGAUCCGCGCGCGAGAGUCGGCCACAACAAUACAGCGCGCGUUCAGAGCGUAUCGGCUGCAGAAGCGCUUCCAAUCGAUCGCAAUCCAGGCGUUGCGCCAAUCGGAGGACACGACGACAGCGCGACGCCAGCUGUCGUCCGACACGACGUCCACGCGCUCUGACGACAGCUGUUCUGCGAACGCCUUCAUCCCGGAGUCGUUGCUGACGACGACGCCGACGACGCAAACCGUCAGCGAAUGUCAGCGAAAGCGCUCUUAUCGCGUGGGACUCAACCUCUUCAACAAGCAACCGUCCGAAAGAGGCGUUCAAUUCCUGCUUUCGAACGGAUUCAUAGAAAGCGUCGCGAACUCUGAACAACAAUCGCUUCUCGUCGCGCGCUUCCUCUUAACGAGGAAAGGCGUGUCGAAGGCCAUGAUCGGGGAGUUCCUGUCGUGUGUUCCAAACGCCGCCGUUUUGACCGCUUUCUCGCGCGAAAUCGAUUUGUCGGGCCUUUUGGUGGACGUCGCGCUCAGGAAGUACCAGACGUUCUUCAGAUUCCCCGGCGAGGCGCAGAAAAUCGAACGAAUGGUCGACUCUUUCGCCACGAGAUUCAAAGAAUGCAAUUCUCACGACUCGCUGUCACGUGACUCUGUCUUCAUCCUGUCGUUCGGUGAGUGCUGUGACGUCACUCCAUCUCUCUCACACGUGACUCUCUUUACAGCCAUAAUAAUGCUGAACACCGACCUUCACGCGCCGACGAACGCCAGGAAUCGCAUGACUUCCCAACAAUGGCUCCAGAAUCUCAAGAACGUCUUCUCUGACGUCACGCCGAGCCAACAAUUCCUCCUCGAGAUCUACCAAAGAAUCAAAGCGCAGGAGUUGCGGACGGGCGCCGACCACGUGACCCAAGUGGCCAAAGUGCAGUCGGCCGUCAUUCCGCCGUCGCGCGGCGUCUCCAUUCCGCCCCUGUGCGUCGAGUGGCGGCGCCUCGUUUGUUACUGUCGUCUCUACGAGAUCCGCGACCAGAACAAGAAAGAGUCACGUGAUCGCCACCAGAGGGAAGUCUUCCUCUUCAACGACCUGUUACUCGUCACCAAACUCUCGUCGCGCGCCAAGAGCGUGCAGAUGCCGGAAUACGUGUUCCGCGAGACCUUCUCUCUGGAGGCCAUGUCCGUCUCGCUCUUCUCCUCCCCCUUUCACCGCUUCGGCAUUUCCCUCGAACGCCGUCUCGACGCGCAGCGCCCUCUCGUGCUGUUCAACGCGCGCAACGAAUUGGACCAGAAGCGCUUCUGCGACGACUUAAGGGAAAGCAUUCUUGAGGCGCGCGAAAUGGAAACCAUUCGAAUCCACAAAUCCAACUCUUUGCUCACUCUGGAGAACGCGACGCAACAAUCCAACAGCAGUGGUCAACAGCCAAUCAGGAGGAAGUCCUCGUCGGGCUCUCUCGACUCCGGCCUCUCCCUGCCGUCACGUGACCACUCGCCGCAGACGCAGGCGCAGAAGCAGAACAGCGAUUGA